UCUACCACAGCUGAAACAACAACUCAGCCACCUACAACUACUAGUUCAACCACUACACCUUCUACUGCACCUGAGACAACAACUACAACUCUGCCACCCACGACUACUACAGUGACCACAAAACCUCCUACCACAACGGAAACAACAGCUACAUCUCAGCCGCCUACACCUAUCACUACAAAUGCUGCAUCUUCUACCACACCUGAAACAACAACUACAUCUCAGCCACUUACAAGUACUACUACAACCACUACCCCACCUACCACAACUGUAACAACAACUACAACUCUGCCACCCACAACUACUACUGCAACCACUACAGUUUCUACCACAGCUGAAACAACAACUCAGCCACCUACAACUACUAGUUCAACCACUACACCUUCUACCACACCUGAGACAACAACUACAACUCUGCCACCCACAACUACUACAGUGACCACAAAACCUCCUACCACAACGGAAACAACAACUACGUCUCAGCCGCCUACACCUAUCACUACAAAUGCUGCAUCUUCUACCACACCUGAAACAACAACUACAACUCAGCCACCUACAACUACUAGUUCAACCACUACACCUUCUACCACACCUGAAACAACAACUACAACUCAGCCACCCUCAACUACCACAACUACUACAGUGACCACAAAACCUCCUACCACAACGGAAACAACAACUACAUCUCAGCCGCCUACACCUAUCACUACAAAUGCUGCAUCUUCUACCACACCUGAAACAACAACUACAUCUCAGCCACUUACAAGUACUACUACAACCACUACCCCACCUACCACAACUGUAACAACAACUACAACUCUGCCACCCACAACUACUACUGCAACCACUACAGUUUCUACCACAGCUGAAACAACAACUCAGCCACCUACAACUACUAGUUCAACCACUACACCUUCUACCACACUUGAGACAACAACUACAACUCU